CUAUGAUCUCUCUGUUAUUACAUCUGAAGAUCUCUCUGUUCCGAAUUCAAACUUACUUUUGAAACCAUAGUAAAAUGGUAGUGAAAGGAGUUUUACGUUUUAAUAAAAUAACCAUAUGUACGCGUAUCAUUUACAUUUAUCAUUUAUUGAGUAAAAGUUGUGGAAGGGAAGUACGUGAGAUAUUGCAUUUUUUAUUCACGUUUGAUUUGAGUGAAUAUAAAGGGCUCAUGGUAGAUGAUACGGAUGGAUGGCUAGGAUCUAUAUUCUUUCCUCGUAUUUUUUUUGGAAGAAAUGAAAAGUGUACAUCCUUAUUGGCCUCUCUAUUCCAUUUGAUUGAGGUCCUUUGAAGAUCCGGAGCUAUGUGAUGGUUGUUUUCUAGUUAGAGAAAAGAAUUGUGACAGAUAUACUAAAUAUUCAUUGAGAGAAUAGGAAGGAAGGUGGCAAUGUAUUGUCUGCAACAAUAAUUGAGAUUCCUUACGUUUACAGACACCUUCCACUUGGCAAAUGGGGCAAUGGUUGUAACGAUUUCGUAUCGUGAUAAACCAGAUGAAAUCCUCUACAGCUUUUCAAAGGUGGGUGAUAGUGUUUGUAUCGGUCGAGAUAAGCGCCAGUGUAAGAUUGCGCUUGGUAUUAAUGCUCAGGGCGUAAGUCGAAUUCAUUUGAAACUCGAACUGCUGUCAAAUGGUUGCUUACUUGUUCGAGACAUAAGUACCUAUGGUACUGGUUACGAUGGUGGGCCUUUUGUGAUAGAGAGAGAAAAGGAGCUGAAACCUUUCGUGGUCUUACAAAUUGGCAGUUUCUUUUUCAUUAUCGAGGAGAAGAACGUUAAACAGGAGUGUAUAGAAGAAACAAUUGCAAACCCAUUUCUGAGGAUUGCAGAAAUUAAUUCACGAAAGAGAUUAGCGUCAAACAAAGCAAUAGUAGUAGUAGAGGAGGAAUGUGUCGCCAAAAAAAGGAAAGUGGUGGACACUAUAGUGGAGAAAUUGGCUACUGUGAUGAACCUUUCAGAAAGAGAAGUUGCUAAAAGCACUAAAAUGCAGGGUAAACUUGUUGCUCACACAGAUUCAGGCCUUAGUACGGAUAGAACUUGGAUACAAGAGCAGGAUAGAAAAUUGGUUGCAAAAAUGGGAAAAGAAGUAAAAGAGAGAAUGAAUAGUGUAAAGCUCGCUUAUUAUCGAAGAAUUACUGAUUUUUUACCUUCGGAUGACGAAGACAGUGAAGAAAAUAGACAAAACAAGUCGAAAGUUCCUAUGUUCGCCAUGGUUGAUUCCUCUCGAAAUAUAGGCACAGCUGCAAGAGUCUCACUGCGAUAUAAUUCAGGUAACAAAAGGAUCUGUAAUGUUGUUCAAGACACUUAUUUCCCAACCGCAGACAUUUCAUUCCUUUCGAAAAAGAUGGCACACAGCAGUACUUCAGAGGAAGCUGAUGAAUUGUUUAAAGUGCAUAAGUCAAUGAAAAUUAUGCCUAAAUAUCCAACGAAUCUUUCUAUAUUUGCUGAAGCUAAAGGGCAUGAAACACUGGAUGAUAUUGAUACAAAAAAGUUAUCCAAACCUCUAUUCAACAGUGCUCAGUUAACAUCUUUCCAAAGAAAACUCACAAGAAGUAUAAAUGAAGUGUCAACUAUCGGAAAGAGCAACACCUCGAUUUUCCAUACUGGACAGUUUAACCUUUUGGAGCUGCAGAGUGUGGGUGGGAAAUUUUGCGAUCUUCUAUCCAAAACGGUGUUGAAGGAGAGGCAUCCAAUGUCUCCGAAGGUUAUUAGUGGACAGGAGACUAUUGUGACUGGGUCAACUUCCUGGAUUGAUAUGAAUACUACCAAAAAGCGAAGCAAUCAGUUCGAUAAUUGUGAAAAAAGAAAUCAAAGUGAUGCGGACGAAAUGCUGGUAGCUUCUAAACGAGUGAAGAUAGAACUAGUAGUGGAUGGAAACAAAAGACAAGAAUCGGAGAAAAAUGAAAGCCCAAUCGAAAAUAGAACGGAGUGUGAAGUAAAUGUUGAUGAAAAUGAUCGAACCCUCGGAACGAAUAUUGAAGUAUUGCGUAUGAAAUUGAGGAAAGCAGUGCAGUACGAGAAUUUGACUAGGCCGAUUCUGGCGAAAGAUAGAUCACAGUUUUACUUGACCGGUUACUACCAAGGAACCAAUUACAAGCAUUUUAGGAAAUGUUGAAUUAUACAGACAUCUAUAAUGGAAUUACUAUAGUUCGCUGACGUCUGAAUUGCUGCAAGCCUAGAAGGCUGCGCAGGGAUCACACGGCGGCUGUGGAUUAUUACAUUCUGUGAUGACGCGAAUCGUGGGUAUCGCUGACCUGAUCGAUUUCAGAGAAAUUGCUUGAUUUUUUCCACUAUACGUUAUUUCAUA